UCAGCCGCCGCCCGCACGGGAGCCGCGCCCACGCCCCGCCGCCGUGCCCGGGCGCUGCUCCGCGACUCCCUCGGCCCGCCAUGGUGCGAAGAAAGCGCGUUUCGCCGUUCCCGUCGCUGGGCCGGUGCCCUCCCGCAGUCAAAGCCGGAGGUAUGAGAGUUUCUAAAAAGCAAGUAAAUGGACCUGUUGAGAAAAAUACUAAACUUCCAGGAAAAGAAAAAACAAGUGCUAUUGCCAGUUUUUCAAAAACUCGGAACAUGAGUGUCUUGCUAGCAGGAGUGCUAAGCAAAAUGAGCCACAAAAUUAAUGCAGCAGCAUUACAAGUGGCUCACCAAAAGCCACAGCCUGCCCUGGAGAAGCUCAUACUGCCUAAAAGAAUGUACGUUAUUCAACAGCCACGGAAAUGUUAAGAUACGUAAUAAAAUACUCAUGUUUACUUAAAAGUGAGUUUCUGUUCUGAAUAGCACUUAGCAUACUGUGGUAAAAUGAUCAAAAGCUGUGUGCCUUGUAUCUUACUGUAUUUCUGUAACUGACAAUAAAAUACAAGGAGAUUUACUAAAUGUA